AUGGUACGCACCACGAGAGCGAAGCGGGGAGGCUGUCAGCCCAAAGACGGAAGGCAAGCCAAUCCUACCCCAGCAAAUCCCUUCGGGAACCUACCCAGGGAUAAACACGACUCCAAUGACGACAAGCCAGAUGCAGUUCCUGCAUCCCAACUACCAGCCGCAACCAACCCCGCGUCCGGUGCCCUCCCUCCCACAAGCAGCACAUCUACCCAAACUCACGAACACCCGCAAGAAAACAACAAUGAAAACAACGAUAGUAGACGAUUCAUCCCCGCCGAAGACGACAUCGACCCCUUCAGCUUCAUGAGUGAUGUCUCCGUCCCCAUGCCCGACAUCGCCGCACUCCAGAUCAGCUCGAAGCCCUCCCCACCCAUCGCCGACACAGAAGCUGCCAGCUUCAUGCAGAGCAUCCAAUGUGAGAUGCAAGACGCCCCCGCAUACAACCUCCGCCCACUGGCCCGCGGCCGCGCCGUCACCUGCAACCACAACGGCGCGGCGAGGGCCAACGCGCCCCCGAGCGCCCGAAUCGCCACCGUCACUCCUCCUUUUGAUGAACGUUGCCGUCGGCAUUGCACAACGGAGGUCGCCACCCGGCUGUUUGGUGAAGCGCCAAACUCGUUGCACCAUGGGAAUGUGUUCUCGAACCUGGACCGCCUAGUCGCGCUGGAGGAACAAGCGGUGAGGAAAUGGAGGCCGCAGGCUCGGUCGCUUGCUGAGAUUGCGAGGUAGAUGGCGAAGUCGCUCGAAAAAACUAAGGACGCGGAUAUUGGGAUAAAGGGGAAGGAUCCGCAGGUGGUAAACGGGCGGAUUGAGUAUGCGAUGUGGGCGGCCGAGGCUGCUGAGGAGGGGCUGAUUCACGAGGGUACGGAUAGGUGUGGGUCGAUUGCGCAG